UUUCAUGAAUACACAUCACAUUAUAGCUCCUCUCUAAGCACUCUGUAAUGGCAGCCAAGGAAUUCUGUUUCCCUUUGUAUGAAAAGAUUGCUCGUAAAAACACUAUCCAAAGAGCAUUUGAUAUCACUCUUUUUUUCCUUCUAGUUUCCCUCCUGUCUUAUUCGUCUCCUUUCUCUUAACAACCAUGGAUGGUCUGGCUCCUUGCUUUCUUAUGCGAGACAUGGUUCACGUUCAAUUGGUUUCUCAACGUCAGCUCCAAAUGGAAUCCUGUGGAAUUCAAUAUACCUGAAAACCUUGAACAGAGGUUUCCGGAGCUUCCCCCUGUGGACAUUUUUGUUACGACUGCAGACCCCGUGUUAGAACCGCCUAUUAUAACUAUAAACACCGUUCUCUCUUUGUUGGCUGUUGAUUAUCCAGCUGACAAGCUAGCUUGCUAUGUCGACGAUGGCUGCUCCCCUCUCACCUUUUACUCUAUAGUGGAAGCAUCCAAAUUUGCUAAGCUUUGGGUCCCAUUUUGUAAGAAGUACAAAAUUCAAGUUAGAGCUCUUAGAUUCUUCUUGGAGGAUCCUAUAUCCUCCAAUUCAAAUUUUGAUUUCAAACAAGAUUGGGAAAAGAUGAAGGCCGAGUACGAGCUCCUUAGCUUAAAAAUAGAGGAAGCAGGCCGAAGAGCAGCUCCUUGUGAUCUAACCGGUGAGUUUGCUGUUUUCUCCCAGGUUGAACGCAGCAACCAUCCGACUAUAAUCAAGAUAAUAGGAGAGAACAUGCAAAGCUUUUGGGAUGAUGAUGUGCCACAUUUGGUUUAUAUUUCCAGAGAGAAACGGCCGAAACAUCCACAUCACUACAAAGCUGGUGCCAUGAACGUUCUGACUAGAGUGUCAGGGUUGAUGACGAAUGCGCCGUUCAUGCUGAACGUAGAUUGUGAUAUGUAUGUGAACAAGCCACAAGUUUUUCGUCAGGCAAUGUGUCAGCUUCUUGGUCACGAGAGUGAAAGAGAAAUUGCAUUUGUUCAAUAUCCUCAGUCUUAUUACGAUGGUCAGAAGGACGAUCCCUAUGGAAACCAAUUUGUGGUUUUGACAGAAUAUAUGGGCCGUGGGAUAGCGGGACUCCAAGGAAUGUUCUAUAGCGGAACAGGAUGCUUUCAUAGACGAAAAGUCAUCUAUGGUCUACGGCCUCAUAACGCAGAAAAUCAAGCCAGAAAUGAUACAUCAAUUAACGGAAAAUUAGCUUAUUAUGAACUGAAAAAAGAGUUUGGGGACUCAAAGGAGUUUUCAGAAUCAGCAACUUAUGCAUUGAAAGGCGAGAAGGAUCGUCGAAACAACCUUUCAGAUUCUCUCGAGGCAGCAUUCCGGGUUGCAGGUUGUGGCUAUGAAUUUGGUAGUAGCUGGGGAACAAAGGCCGAGUACGAGCUCCUUAGCUUAAAAAUAGAGGAAGCAGGCCGAAGAGCAGCUCCAUGUGAUCUAACCGGUGAGUUUGCUGUUUUCUCCCAGGUUGAACGCAGCAACCAUCCGACUAUAAUCAAGAUAAUAGGAGAGAACAUGCAAAACUUUUGGGAUGAUGAGGUGCCACAUUUGGUUUAUAUUUCCAGAGAGAAACGGCCGAAACAUCCACAUCACUACAAAGCUGGUGCCAUGAACGUUCUGACUAGAGUGUCAGGGUUGAUGACGAAUGCGCCGUUCAUGCUGAACGUUAGAUUGUAUAUGUAUGUGAACAACCCACAAUUGUUCGUCAGGCAAUGUGUUCAGCUUCUUGGUCACGAGAGUGAAAGAGAAAUUGCAUUUGUUCAAUAUCCUCAGUCUUAUUACGAUGGUCAGAAGGACGAUCCCUAUGGAAACCAAUUUGUGGUUUUGACAGAAUAUAUGGGCCGUGGGAUAGCGGGACUCCAAGGAAUUUUCUAUGGUGGAACAGGAUGCUUUCAUAGACGAAAAGUCAUCUAUGGUCUACGGCCUCAUAACGCAGAAAAUCAAGCCAGAAAUGAUACAUCAAUUAACGGAAAAUUAGCUUAUUAUGAACUGAAAAAAGAGUUUGGGGACUCAGAGGAGUUUUCAGAAUCAGUAACUUAUGCAUUGAAAGGCGAGAAGGGUCUUCGAAACAACCUUUCAGAUUCUCUCGAGGCAGCUUUCCGGGUUGCAGGUUGUGGCUAUGAAUUUGGUAGUAGCUGGGGAACAAAGCUUGGAUGGAUAUAUGGAUCCAUGACAGAAGAUAUCCUAACUGGGUUGACGAUUCAUAAGAAAGGGUGGAAAUCCACCUAUCCCAUGCCUGACCCACCGGCCUUUCUAGGUUGUGCGCCAUCUGGGGGCCCGGCGGCAAUGACUCAACAGAAAAGGUGGUCUACAGGCCUGUUUGAAAUCCUUGUUAGUAAAAACAACCCAAUAUUUGGCACCCUGACCGGAAACCUCCAGUUCAGGACGUCCUUAGCCUACAUCUGGAUUCUUUCUUGGGGCGCCUCCUCAAUUCCUCAGCUGUGUUAUGCUGCUCUGCCUGCAUAUUGCAUCCUUGCCAAAUCCCAUUUCUUGCCCAAGGUCCAGGACCCGGCGAUAUUGAUACCUGUUGCCAUUUUUGUGAUUUACAACUUGCUCACUCUCAGGGAAUACCUCAAAACUGGCAUGUCCAUACGAGCAUGGUGGAAUAACUUGAGAAUGGGAAUAAUAACAGCAACCUCUGCAUAUUUGUUUGGAGCUCUAAGUGUCCUACUCAAACUCUUGGGUUUGUCUGAUACAGUUUUUGAAGUUACAGGAAAAGAUCAAUCUAAUUCCAAUGGCGACGAAACUGACGGUACUACAAAAUUUACUUUCGAUGAGUCACCUAUUUUUGUGCCAGGCACGACCCUUUUGCUUGUGCACCUGACAGCACUGCUCGCCCUUUCCUUAGGGUGGCGACCAUUAGUUCAAGAUACUGUUGGCCACGGGGUAGGGCUAGGAGAGGUCUUGUGCAGCCUAUGGGUGGUGCUAUGCUUCUUGCCAUUCCUGAAAGGGUUGUUUAAAACAGGAAAAUAUGGGAUACCUUCCUCCACCAUAUUCAAGUCAGCUUCUUUCGCAUUAGUUUUUGUUUAUUUCUGUAGGACUCCGGGGGUUUGAGAUAUGGACUACUACAGGUAACUUGUACUUUGUUUUUGGAGCGUAAAUUAAAUUUCAUUGUAAAUUGAGAUGUUAAUCAUUACUUGCUUCACCACAGACCACAUAAGAAUAAGAACAAUAGCUACGGGUUUAUUGAGUAAGUAAAUCUCUUUGAUAGAUAAUCUAUAUGUCAAAUACAAGUUUUUUCUUAGGUUUGUAGUUUAUUUUUAUCUUAAAAUUAAAAAAUAUAUAUUUUGUUAAAAUGA